UGUGUGUGUGCUUGUAAUGAGCCAAUCAGAGACGAGCAGUGUGGUCUCCUUGGUUACGUCUUGUACACCGAUUGCGUUCUUUGCGGCUGAAGCGUGGAAAGCUAACCUGAGAAAGAGAGAGAUGAGUGGGAGAGACCUGCGUGCCUUUCUGUCGAGUCACCGCACUGAGGACAUGGAGAAGCUGACGCAGCGAGUUAAAGCUGAAUUGGGAAUCACUAAAUACAAACCGGUUCAGUAUGACAAGCUUCAGGCCAUGGUGGAGGCCAAGAAACUCCACUCGGAGAAGACUGAACACAAGAUGAAGAAAUGUCUGCAAGUGGUAAAGGAGAGGAAAGAGAGCAGCCUGCUCCUCCAGCACAGACAGGUGUGGACCUCCGAGAACCACAAACUGAGCCGAGCCAGGGAACGAGGCGAGGCAGAUUUGAGGAACUUCCUGACCAGAAGCAGCUCAGAAGCAGGGGAGGAUGGAGACCUCUUCACUGGACUGCUGCGUUUUGAUCUGAGUUUGGAACAUGAACGUGAAGCGUUUCGCUUGGCCACAGUCGAGCCAGUGUGCCAGUUAAGAGAGGACCUGCUCUACAGAGUGAUGUCACAUCCUCCAGCAGCCAAUCAGCACACAGAGUGGGUUCAAGUUCUUCAGCAGGUGGUAUCUGUGAGGGAACAGCAGCAGGCUGUGAUGGACAGACUGCAGGAUGAGUGUGUCGCUCUCGAGCAGGAGCUAAGCGCUGCUGGACUGGAGGAACGACUGGAUGCUGCUGCAAUGGAGGAGUAUGUUAGUGUUCUGGAGCGGAUACCAGAGGAGGUCCUGACCGCACACUGCCCUUACCCUGAAGCCAAAGAAUCCAUCAUCAGGGCCUUCAUAAACAUGUCAGAAAAAUACUCUGUGCGCCUAGAGACAGCACGCAGCAGGUUGCUGGGCCUGGACAGGAAUUGUGGCUGGAAUGAAGAGGAUCACUUGCGGUUCCUCCACAUCGUAGGUCAAUAUUCUCCUGAGCUAAGAAACCACAGAGGGCUCUAUAUGGACAUGCUCCAGAGAAUUCUGCCACAUGUCUCCAGAGCAGAACUGAGUGCCCAUGAGCGGACCUGGGACUGGUACAGGUUCAGCGUGGAGCAGGAGAGGCUGCUGUUGGAGAGUUGGCACAGGGAGCACACGUUUCUGUGGCUACGGACACUGCGGUUGUUGGAGGAUGCCAGGGUCAUCUAUGACAAUGAGCAAAGCCUGCAGAAUGACAGAUUACACCAGCAACACAUCUGUGCACAGCUUAGACAAAAGCUGCAGCUAUGGCAUGAGCAACAGGAAGAGGUGGCUCGGAUGGAAGCGGCUGUAGCGGCACGCUGGCAGGAGGAGGAGAAGGAAAGACAGAAAGAGGAGCUGGAGAGAGAGCAUGCCAAGAGAAGCAGACAGAAACAACAAGUGCAAGAGUUUCACGAGAAGCAGCGGAGGAGGAGAGCCGAGUGGAGGUGCUGGGAAGAGAAGAGACUGGCUCAGCUCAGGAGAGAGAUGGACGAACAGGCGAGGAGAGAUAAAGAAAGAGUGCAGUUCAGAGAGAAGUUGCUGCAGCAUCGACAGCAGGAGCAACAAACUAAAGAAAGACUCAAAAAAAGAGAGGAUGAGGAGCGAGAGGAGAGACUUCAGACACUACGCAAUCAGGUUGCCAUUGUGGCAGAGGCAGACCCAGAGAGGAUGAUGGGACAGACUGAAGCGUGGAGAACCCACAUACAGCCUGACAAAGAAGAGUUCAUGCUGCAGAGACCCCUCUAUAACGUACACACCUAUACAGACACACAGAUCGUAGCUGACCCGAGGGUACGUAUCGAGCAGGCUCUCCGGACGGCAGGUCUCCAUCACACACACUACGCACGAGCGCUGCUUUCAGAAAUCCCACCACCAAAACCACCACGACGGGACACAGAAUCCACCGCCUUCAAAUCCUAACCUUACACUCUUCACAUCACUCACACACACUGGUAACGUUUCACCUUACAUGGAAAAAACACACACACACACACUGCAGAGCAACAUGAUUUCUAUUACAGUUUACUAAAAACCUGAUAAUUAAAAAUAAGACUCUAAUCAGUAAGAAUAAUCAUUAUUAUACUCUACUGCAUAAUAAUACUGGAAAUUAAAAGCUUUAAAAAAAACCUGUAAUGUUCUGUUUAAAUGUGAAUCUGAGAUGAAAUCCAGGCACCAUUAUUGUUUCUGAAGAGCUCUGCUGCUUCACUCCUGCUGAGUUCAUUACUAUGUCUCUGAGUUACGGGUCUGAAAAUGGGAAAAGGUGUGUUCAAUCUCAGAGCUAGUCAGACUGCAGGGGUUUCACUGUAUAUUACUGUAUAUAUUACUGUAUAUAUCUAAUCAGUUCUUCUUCUUCUUUGACCGACUGAUUCUGAAGGGACCUUACACACGCCAGUCAUGUUCCAUUUCUAUUCAGUUCAUUUCAUUUCAGUGGACGUUGUCCGUUGUUCACGCUGGAUGUGACGAUUCAAGUCGAAGCUUCACCCCAGAUACACGACGACAGAGUGAUGUAAAAGUAAAACCAGACCGUCUGUCAACAGGCGACAGGGCGAUGCCACGUCCAGUGUGAACAACCUGGUUGUUGUUUAUGAUAAC